GCUGAUCUGUCCUCAUUCAUGUUCCUGUUUUCAGAGAGUGAAGAUGUCCCGCACUGAACAGCCUCUGACUUGGUGAUGGGCGAUGGAGUCUGUUGAAGAGCUGAUUGAGAAAUCACUGAAUGAACUGCUGGAAGCAGAAUUGAAGAAGUUUCAGUGGCACUUAAAGAAACAUGAGCAUAUAUCAAAUUCUGAAAUGGAGAAUGCAGAUAGGUUAAAAACAGUGGAUAAGAUGGUAGCAUGUUUUGGACCAGGAGAAGCUGUGAAGAUCACAGUGGAGAUCCUGAGGAAGAUGAACCAGAAUAAUCUGGCUGAGCAGCUGGAGAACAAACACAAGCCAGACUCAACUGCAGAAAACAGUCAAACUACUCUUCAUAAUUACACAGAAUCCAGCUUCAAACUGAAGAACAAAUUAAAACAGGACUACAAGCAGAUAUUGGUUGGUAAUUCGCAGACGGGUCAUCGGGAAUACCUGAACGAUAUCUACACUGAUUUAUAUGUGGUGGAGAAUGAGACUGGAGGAAGAGUAAACAACCAUGAAGUGAUACAGAUUGAAUCAAAUCACAAACGAUUGACUGCCAAGGAGAAGCCAAUCAAGUGUAAUGACAUGUUUAAAGUCCAGUGUGACACUGGUCGACAAAAUAGAAAAGUGCUGACAAUGGGGAUCGCAGGAGUGGGAAAAACUGUCUCUGUCAAUAAAUUCAUCUUUGACUGGGCUGAGGGAAGAGAAAAUCAGGAUAUAGUCUUCAUAUUUCCACUUCCAUUCCGUAGACUGAAUUUGAUUAAAGAAGAGUACAGUCUCAUGGGACUGCUUAACAAAUACUUCUUUAGGUGUCCUGAAGAAUUGCCCUCUCUUCCUGAAGGUGACGGUAAAGUUAUGUUCAUCUUUGAUGGGCUGGAUGAAUGUCGCUUUCCUUUGAGCUUUAAAGAAGAUGACAUAUUUACAAAUGCAAAUGAAAAAACAACAGUAAGUAAGAUAAUAAUAAACCUUAUCAAGACACAUCUGGUUCCAUCUGCUCUCAUCUGGAUUACAUCCAGACCAGCAGCAGCCAAUCUGAUACCCCGAAACUACGUUGAUCAAGUGACAGAGGUGCGAGGAUUUAAUGAUGAACAAAAAGAGCAAUACUUCAUCAAAAACAGUCCUGAAAUUUCUGAAAAGAUUAUCAGUUACAUCAAGAAAUCCAGGAGUCUGUACAUCAUGUGCCAUAUCCCUGUCUUCUGCUGGAUCUCUCUCAUUGUUCUUCAGCCUCUCCUGGCUCAAGAGAGCUUUGACAAAACUCCCACAUCUCUCACAGGAAUGUACACAAGCUUCUUAAUUUCUCAGCAGCAACAGAUGGAAGAAAAAUACUGUGGUGACCUUAAACCUAAAGCAAAUGCAAGGUCUUUUGAUCAGAUUAUUCUGAAGCUUGGGAAACUGGCCUUUCAACAGCUGGAGAAAGGCAACCAGAUUUUCUACAAAAAAGAUAUUGAGGAAUGUGGACUAGAUGUCAUCGAAGGGUCAGUGUACUCUGGGUUAUGCACUCGAAUGUUUCAGGAGGAGAAGGUUUCAAAAAGAAACAUUUACAGCUUCAUACAUCUCAGCGUACAGGAAUUCCUUGCUGCUCUUUAUGUGUUUUUGAUUGGCAAAAAUGAGAAAGCUGGCCUAUUUUUUCAAUCCUGGAAAGAAAAAAUGACAUGGAAACUGUCCAACAAGCCACAGUUUCAGCUUCAUAAGGCUGCAGUCAAGAAGGCAUUACAAAGCGAGAAUGGACACCUGGACCUCUUCCUACGGUUCCUCCUGGGUCUCUCACUGGAGUCCAAUCAGAGUGACCUGAUGGAACUACUGCCAAAACUGGAACUCAAAACAGAGAACAUCAAAGACACUGUUGACUAUAUCAAAAAGAAAAUAGAGAAGGAGAAGUCAGUAGAGAGGACCAUCAAUCUCUUCUACUGUCUGAGUGAAUUGAAAGAUGACUUUGUGGAGGAAAUCCAGAAGAAUCUGAGCACAGGUAAUCUUUCAACACAGAAGCUGUCCUCUGCUCAGUGGUCUGGUCUGGUGUUUGUGCUCUUAAUGUCAGAAGACACUCAAGAGAAGUUUGAACUGCAGAAAUACAGAAGAUCUGAUGAAGCACUGAUGAGACUUCUGCCAGUGAUCAAAAACACCAGAAGAGCACUGCUACAGUGCUGUAAUCUUACUGCUCAGUCCUGUGAACGUUUGUCGUCAGCUCUACAAUCCUCAAACUCUACCCUGGUAGAGCUGGACCUGAGUAACAAUGACUUGCAGGAUACUGGAUUGAAGCUUCUUUCUUAUGGACUGAAGAGUCCAAACUGUCAGCUGGAAAUACUGAGAUUUCCCACAUGUAAUCUUACUGCUCAGUGCUGUGAGAGUUUGUCUUUAGUUUUACAAUCCUCAAACUCCUUCCUGAGAGAGCUGGACCUGAGUAACAAUGACUUGCAGGAUUCUGGAGUGAAGCUUCUUUCUGAUGGACUGAAGAGUCCAGAAUGUCAGCUGGAGAUAAUAAGGUUGUCAGGCUGUAUGGUGACAGAGAAAGGCUGUGGUUAUGUGUCUUCAGCACUGAGUUCAAACCCUUCACACCUGAGAGAGCUGGAUCUGAGCUACAAUCACCCAGGAGAUUCAGGAGUCAAGCUGCUCACUGAUAAACUCAACAAUCCAAACUACAGACUGGAUAAACUCAAUGUGGACCAUAGAGGAGAGAUCUGGAUUACAGCAGGACUACACAAACAUUCCCAUCGGCUCACUCUGGAUCUGAACACAGUGAAUAAACUUCUCCAUCUGUCUGAGAGGGAUAGAGUGAUUACUGGCACUGACACAGAGCAGCCGUAUCCUGAUCAUCCAGACAGAUUUGAUGUGCAUCGUCAGGUGUUGUGUAGAGAGAGUGUGUGUGGACGCUGUUACUGGGAGAUUGAGUGGAGUGGACGUGUGUCUAUAUCAGUGUCAUAUAAGAGCAUCAGCAGGAAGGGAUCACGUUAUGAGUAUGUGUUUGAAUGCAAUGAUCAGUCCUGGAGUUUGUUCUGCUCUUUCUCCAGUUACUCAUUCAUGCACAGUGACAUAGACACUCGACUCCCUGUAGUGUAUAACUGUAGAAUAGGAGUGUAUGUGGAUCACAGUGCAGGAACUCUGUCCUUCUACAGCGUCUCUGGAGACACAAUGAGCCUCAUCCACACAGUCCAGUCCACAUUCACUCAACCGCUCUAUCCUGGGUUUAGGCUUGGUUUUGGAUCAUCAGUGAAACUGUGUUGAUGAUCAUAGAUUGAAUAGAUUAGAUUGACAAGAGAUUCUACCCAUAAUGCUUUGAGCUGCAUGAUAAAUCAGUGACUGUCACAUGCUUGCUUGACUAGAUAAUCCAUGAUAAGAAGCUUGAUGCAGAAAGAUGAUGAACACUUAUAUUUAAUAAACACUAGUCUUGCAUAGCCAGACCUUCAGACUGACGGCAGAAGGUCUGGACUCUAUCGCAGCUUCCGUUGGCUGAGGACCGCCCAAGAGGGCGUUUGACUGACAUGUAAAGCAACCAAUCAGAGUUCGUUUUGUUCCAUGUCAUGUUUAGGGGCAUGAAAAUGAAAGUCAAUGUCCCUACAAUAACAGAUCGGCAUGCAUCUAUAAAUUAUUUAUUCGUUGUGCAAGAAUACUGCAAUAAUGGAGCCGCGGACUUCACAUACUUUUGAAAAUCACAUACUUUUGAAUAUCGUUGAUACACAGGUCCCACAUAUUGCUAGAUUUCGUUAUGGGACUCCUGCCCUCACAGAGUCACACAGUAUUCUUGACCAUGGUGGAUCGGUUCUCGAAGGCAACUCAGAACCCAUCCUCUUGGAGUCAGCAGACAGGACAGGACACUCUCUUAGGGGAGGGGUUACUAUCACGGUUCAUGGGUCUGUGUGUUGUUGUUGUUGGCUGUUUGAUUGCUUAAUAUAAGUGAGCAGUGUAAUAUGAGUAAUGUGAUUUAAGUGAGUAAUGUAAUGUAAGUUAGUAAUGUGAAAUUGGAGUAAAACAUUUUUGGAAAACCACAUACUGGCUUAAUUUGAAUGGAUUUUUGGCUUGCUUCUGAAUUGUGUUAACACACAUAUAGAGAAACACAAGGAGAGCAAGAAGAUUGAUUGCCAGAGUCAGCUUAUUUUUCCUUAAUAGUACGGUAGUUCAGUUGCCUUUACAUCCUUAACAAGCAUGAAUGGGUGACCUUAUCCUUAUCAAUCAUG